GCCCUUUUGGCCAGCAAAGCACUAGGAAGAGAACAAACCAGGAAGUGGAAAGCAGCCCUCGGCAGGCAGGGAAUGGAGCUUUCUUUCUGAGCACCCGGUGAAGUUCCCAAGAGAGAGAGGCCCUUGCGGAGCGGAGCCAGAAAACACUCUCAGCGAAACAGAGAAUCCCCGCAGCUGGGACCCAGAAGCCGCUGCCUUCGGCCUGGAGAGAGGCAAGCUCCCCUCCCCACACCCACCCACGCAAGGAAGUGGUUGCAUUUCUCAGAGAGGAAAGGGGAAGUCAGAGGACUUCGGAGCAGCAGACUUCGGCUUCGAGCUCUUCUUUUUCUUCAGCUGCUGUUCAUGUCGACUGCCCAGAGUCCAUGAACUAGCCAAGGCUCUGGUUCUCGGACAGCAGCGUGAAGGACCAAGCCUCACUUCCCCCUUUCCUGCAAGGUUGUGAAGUCAUGGCCUACCACAGCUUCCUGCUGGAGCCCAUCAGCUGCCACGCCUGGAACAAGGACAGAACCCAACUGGCCAUCUGCCCCAACAACCACGAAGUCCACAUCUACAAGAAGGACGGGGCAAAAUGGACCAAGGCCCACGAGCUGAAGGAACACAACGGGCAGGUGACAGGCAUUGACUGGGCCCCGGAGAGCAACCGCCUCGUGACGUGCGGCACGGACCGCAAUGCCUACGUCUGGACCCUGAAAGGCAACAUCUGGAAGCCCACCCUGGUCAUCCUGAGGAUCAACCGGGCCGCCCGCUGUGUGAAGUGGUCCCCGAAGGAGAAUAAGUUUGCGGUGGGCAGCGGCUCCCGGCUCAUCUCCAUCUGCUACUUUGAGCAAGAGAACGACUGGUGGGUUUGCAAGCAUAUAAAGAAACCCAUUCGAUCCACCAUCCUUAGCCUGGACUGGCACCCCAACAACGUCCUUCUGGCGGCCGGAUCCUGCGAUUUCAAGUGCAGGAUCUUCUCUGCCUACAUCAAAGAGGUUGAGGAGCGUCCGUCCCCGACCCCCUGGGGCUCCAAGAUGCCCUUCGGAGAACUCCUGUUUGAGUCGAGCAGCACCUGCAGCUGGGUCCACAGCGUCUGCUUCUCCGAGAGCGGCAACCACGUGGCCUGGGUGGGCCACGACAGCACCAUCUGCCUUGCCGAUGCCAACAAGAAAACGGCUGUGGCUUCCUUUUCCACGGAGAUGUUGCCUCUUCUGGCCGUGACCUUCAUCACCGAGAACAGCCUGGUGGCUGCGGGCCACGACUGCUGCCCCCUGCUGUUCGCUUACGACAGCCAGCAGGGCUCCCUGAGCUUUGGGGGGAAGCUGGACAUCCCCAAGCAGAGCUCCCAGCGGGGGCUCACGGCCCGCGAGCGGUUCCAGAACCUGGACAAGAAGGCCAGCUCCGACACCAGCGGCAGCAGCGUGGAUACGCUGCACAGGAACAGCAUUAGCCAAAUAUCUGUGAUCACCGGUGGGAAAGGCAGCUGCUCCAAGUUUUGUACCACUGGGAUGGACGGGGGUAUGAGCAUCUGGGACGUCAAGAGCCUGGAGUCUGCCAUGAAGGCCAUGCGCAUCAAAUGAAGGAACUGCCGAGGGAAAGGCCGCUUCAGCUUGCGCUUCUCCGGGCCUCCCUGCCUGCUGGAUCUUUGCUUCCUUAAACCUUCUUCCUUCCUGCCGUUCAGCGAGUGACCUGCAGAGACAAAUCCCGGCCUUGCAGACUUCACGGGAAAGGAAUUUAUUAGCAAGCUCCAUUAAAAAAAGAGAAAUGCUGGUCAUAAAUUGCCAAA